CAGUACUUUGUGGCCCUUCCACUUGACCCCCUCUUCUGUCGCAGGGGAGUGUGUGGCGGUGGAAAGAGGCCCAAACCUGAUUAUUCGAUGUGCCGUGGAGAUUUGGUUUUGUUUUCGUUUACUUUGUGGCCCUUCGACUUGCCCCCUCUUCUAUUAUCGGGAACUGUGUGCGGCGGUGGAAAGAAGCCCAAACUUGAUUGUUUAGUGUGCCGUGGACAUUUCACUUUUGAUUUUGCUUUUGUUUUUACUUUGCUUCCACUUUGCUUUUCAUGUUGCAUUUACUUUUCACUUUGCUUUUGCUUUUCACAUUGCAUUUUUGCUUUGCUUUUCUACUUUCGAUUUGACUUCAUGCGAUUUGGUUUCUGUUUGUCCGCUGGCCUAGGCGGCCCCCCUCCAUCAUUUCGCAUGGAGUUGGCAAGUCCCGCUGCGGUCAAGACGCCUUGUUUGUGUAUGGAACUUGCUUUGGAGUUGUGAUACAAUCGGGUCAUCCCUGGAUUUGCAUGAGCGUUAAGGUGUUAUUUACAGCAUUUGUUGAUUUGCGUUUUUAGCGUUAGAUCCUAAUGGGAUACAUUCAAG